CCGGCGGGCGGGGACGGGCGGGGGACCCACCGCCACGCAGCGCGGCCCGCCGAGCGUAGACACCGGGCCCGGCCCCCGAGGGCGCCAGUGCGGGGCCCCCCGGCGAGCGCGCGCGGCCUGCCGUUGGCGCUCCCUCGUCGGCGGCCUGCCGUUGGCGGCCCGGCCUGCCGCGCUCAGCGCCCACCGGCUCCGGAGGUGGGGGGUCCGAGCCCUCCUCCCCCCAGGAAGAUGGUGUCCUGGAUGAUCUCCAGAGCCGUGGUGCUGGUGUUUGGAAUGCUUUAUCCUGCAUAUUAUUCAUACAAAACUGUGAAAACAAAAAACGUGAAAGAAUAUGUGCGAUGGAUGAUGUACUGGAUUGUUUUUGCUCUCUAUACUGUAAUCGAAACAGUAGCGGAUUUAACAGUUGCUUGGUUUCCCCUGUACUAUGAGCUGAAGAUUGCUUUUGUCAUAUGGCUGCUCAGUCCCUAUACUAAAGGAGCAAGUUUAAUAUACAGAAAAUUCCUUCAUCCGUUUCUUUCUUCAAAGGAGAGGGAAAUUGAUGAUUAUAUUGUACAAGCAAAGGAAAAAGGCUAUGAGACCGUGGUGAAUUUUGGACGGCAAGGCUUAAACUUGGCAGCUUCUGCUGCUGUGACUGCAGCAGUAAAGAGCCAAGGCGCCAUAACUGAACGUUUAAGAAGUUUCAGUAUGCAUGACUUAACAGCCAUCCAAGGAGAUGAGCCUGUGGGCCAGAGACCAUACCAGCCUCUACCGGAAGGGAAGAAGAAGAGUAAAGCAGGCCCUGGCGAGUCAGCAGGUUAUGGAAUUCCACUGAGAGAUAGAGAAGAUGACACAGAUGAAAAAACGGAUGGACCAUAUUCAGAUGAUGAAAUGUUAACACAUAAAGGGCUUCGAAGAUCACAGAGCAUGAAAUCCGUGAAAACCAUUAAAGGCCGAAAAGAGAUGCGGUAUGGGUCACUAAAAUAUAAAGUGAAGAAGAGACCACAAGUGUAUUUUUAGCCAUCUAUACUUUGGCUAGCCCAAGACAAGUAACACUAAUGAAUUGACUUCAUCUUCUAACAUAUAUUCAGGACAUUGAAAUAAUUUUUUUAAAUUAUGUCAGUGAUGGGAUUGAUGGGAUUUACUUUUGUGAAUUCAGUUUUUAUUUCUUUAGUAAGAUCUCCAAGUAUUGACUAGUAAAGGUAGUUAUGCAGGGUUUAUUAACAUAUGUGUCAGAAGUGAUAGAAAGUCAUGUUACCUGCAUGCAAGUUCAUCAAUAACCUUGAGUGCCUGGGAUAUGAGAUGAAACAUGAACCCACAGUAUACUUGAAGAGUCUUUUUUUAUGGUUCAGGAUACAUCAGCCUUUGUGGUAUUGUUUACCUCCAUGUAUAUUCUAUCACAUGAUGAUAAUAAUUAAAUUGUCUCUGACCUGGCAGUGGUAUAACAAGGAUAUAAUGUAAAAUAAUAAGGUUUUAUAUUUAGCCUUUAUUAAUUUUCUGUUUUCUAGUUUUUCUAUCAUCUGAAAGUUUCUGAAACAAAUAUUUGAGAACCAGGUAUACACAUAGCACUUUCUUCUAACAACUUUUGCACACUUGAAAGUUUACUUAUUUUACAACUGUCUAUGUACCUUACAUUUUAUUGACACUGUCUUUCUUGUUGUAUGUGAUAUUCUGACAGGGCACAUUCAUGCUUUGAAUUACAUCAUCUCUUUUCCUGUGAGUUUCAUUUGGUAGAUGCAUUGAAUUUAAUCAUAUAAAAAUAGCUAAAUUUUAACAGUUUUUAAUUAUGUUCCUUACAAAGGAGAACUUAUUCCCAACAUUAGCCAGUUUUCCUCAUUUAGUACAGUAUACUUGAAUGGAACAGAUUUUUGUAGAUGCUGAUUAGAUUUUCAGCUUUAAAAAAUGGUGGAUCUUGCAAAUAGACUCAGAGAACACUGAGAUCUUUUCCAAUUCAUAAAGUUAUCCAACAGGCAAUCUACUCACAAACUUAGCACUGAUACGUGCUGCUGGCUUAUAAAUUUGGCAUGGACUGAAAUAGUUUGAAUCUCCUAGUUAAGAUAAAUUUCUAAAGAUGAAUACCAACACAAAAUACCAACAUUGUUAAUCCUACAUAAUAAUUU